GAGUUAUGCAUCAACAAUCAACAAUUUAUCGCUGCGAGGAGAGUGGGAUUUUUCCGAUUUUUCUCACUUUGGUGUAGUUUAUGUUAUUGAAAAAGUUAAUAGCGUGUUAGUAUGAUUCUCAGCAGCUUGAAAUGUGACUAUGGCAAAAAAUAUGUAACACAAACUCGCAACAGCAUCGAAGUCGUGUAUUCUUUGUUUGUUCUUCUAUUAUUUAUAUUUAUUCUGCCAUUUGAGAGCCAUUUGAGAGCCACACAUAAAGGAUCGUGAACUUUCUAGCUUUUUCUAAUAGAAAAGUCUGACAUACCGGUGAUUUUUAACAUACUCACUAUUGACUGCAUAAAAUUUAAUGCACUUAUCUAUAUACUUUAAUUGUUGAAUAACAAUAAUAUUUGAAUGACAUCAUAACCUAGGAUAUUCUAUUAAGAUACAUUGAUCAGAGCAAAUGUGAAGAUUACAGCUGACCCAUUUGUUACCUUUUACUCAAUAAUAUGGUGAUGGCAGGAAACGAAAGUGCGCCAGAUGACGCGUUAUCCGCGAGAUUACAAUGGCUACGUCAGCGCAGAGAAGCCUUGCAAGAGAAGCUAGCCCAAAAAAAUAAUGAGUUGAAGAACCUAUGUGUGGAGGAAGCGGAGAUAACAGGGGUUUUACCUCCGGAGAUACCUCUAGAGCCUGGAGAAAGUCCACCAACUUUUCGUAGAAAAGUGGGCACCUCGUUUACAUAUCCACAGAAACUAAUUAACAAGCUGAAGUCAACUGAUGUUGAGGAAUCAGAAUUGGAAUUGGAAAGGCAAGUACAACUUGGCAUUGUGGAAACUGCAUUGGGUAUUGUUAAUGAUCCUACAGAAAGCAAAGCUACACGACGCAAGAACAGACUCGUUUAUCAGCAGAGUCAGCGAAGACUGCAAGAAUUGGAAACAGAGUUGAAUUUUAUUCGGCAGAGUCGCGGUAAAACGCAUCGACCGAUGCAAUUACCGACACAAGUGGGAAGUUACAAUACGCAAUCGCACUCUCAUACCAAUGUAAAACACAGAACAAAGAAACCACGACCGCCAUUGGAUAAUUCAGGAAAUGAAGUAAAUACUCCAAAGUCUACUGGAAGAGGUAUACUCCACGAUCCAGGUAUUAGUCUGAGCCCUUUAGUGUCCGACGACAAAUGCAUCCUAGACAAGUUAAAUACAUAUCCUGGACACGGAUACGAAGAUCAAUUAAUACCGAAUGUCUGCAGUCAUCAUCACCACAGUGGCACUCGUCCCAGUGUAAGCCCCAUCGAACCCCAAACAAACGUUAAAAUUGUGGAACACGAUCACAACGACAACCACAACAUUUACAUUUUACCCGAGCAAUACCGUCCUCGUACAUAUUCUCACGGAAGCGGUGGAUCUCGCAGUCAAAGUUACUAUCAAGACAACGAGAGAACGUAUCGUCCGUAUGUUCCAAACACCUACACCGAGGACGAGCGUCUGAUGCGCUAUCGGCAGUUGCAACAUGCGCAAAAGCAACAGCAUCUACAAGACCAGAUGCAUAGUCACAGACUGCAGCACACGAGUUCUGUCGAGUACAAACAUCUGUACAACUCGGACAAUAUGGAUAUACGAAGAAGUCAGGGAUCCUUCGACAAAGACUUUCGCGCGUCCCAUUACACGCCCGUCACCGAUUAUCAGGUAUAUUACAAAAACAACGCGCAAUCGCAGCAAUCUUUAUACAGACGUGAUCGCGACUCAUCGUUGUCCGGUAGCAAGAACACUCUGCGGCACACCAGUAGCGCUACGUUGAUCGAGGCGCAGUUGAUGUCCGGCUAUUGGGUGCGUCACAACGACGAGGUCCACUGGGUGAGUCUGGACGAUCCCACGGCCGACAGAUUUGGCAGCUUGGACCGCAGACGGCGGAAUACUCAGCCUAACGGCGGUGUCGCGAUCGCGAAUUCGGACACGCAGUCGCGUUACCGCACGGUCGCUGUUUCAAGCACCAAGAACUCGUCCGGCAGCAAUGUCGCCACGUCGUCCCAUCAGCAUCAUUCCGUUCACUUGCUGCCAUUGUCCGAACACCAAAUGCCGAACAACAACAAGAUGCUGCUGCGCACUCAAUCGCUGGGAAGCGUGGAAAUGUGGCAGUCGAGCCACUCUCACGACUCGCACGACGGCAAGGACGCGCCAACAGAGUACACCAAUAAUAAUCGCAAGAGUCGCCAGAAGGAAUGGUACGAGACGUCCCUGGAUUCGGGAGCGCCCGCGAGCUUCAAUCACAACGUAGCCACCGCGCCUAAAAACGCGCAUUAUCAGUCGAGUCCUCCGCCGCCACGCAUAAAGAUCGCCAACACCGAAAGCGUGAGAGACAGCCAAAUAAUAACCAGUGGACCGCCGCCGAUAAGCCCGGUGAACCGUCACAAAAGGGACAAACCCGAAGAGCGGCAGCACGCGAUACAACAGCCUCACGUUCGUUACGAGCCGCCGGCGACGAGGCCGAAGGUGCUGGAGAUACCAGCGGAAUCGAAGCCUACUCUUGACGUUUGCGACGACGCGAUACGACCGUUGGGCUCGCCGCAGAACUGCACUGUCGUCCAACCGGGAAAGUAUCAGCCAUACCGUGAGGUGACGAAACCCUUUGAGAUGUCGGACUUCUACAAGUAUUCGACGAAAUUCCGCAAGAGAAACGAAGUCGCGACGCAAUCCCAGGUCGGAAGUGAUUCCCCGCUGCAGGAGAAUCGUCCCGCGGAAGUAGGUUCCGGCGAUUUAUCCCGGGAUCCCAACUGUAACUUUGGGCAGAGCAGCGGUAACGUUACUACCAGUCCGGUGCAGCGAAGGUUCUAUCAACCGGUGCAGCGCAUGACCUGUCAACCAUAUCUCUCAUCGUUAAGAUAAUCGCGUACAAUAAGGUUCAUUCACACCGUUACAUUAUUAUACAAUGCGACACACUACACACGUACACGCACGCACAGAAUUAUUCAUCGAAGAUGGGCUGGUCCUAUCGAAAUAAUGUUCUUUAUUCUUCUUUAGUCAAUCACUAAUCUACUAAUGUAGGAUUUAUAUAUGAAUAUAUACACAUACCCACGCGCGGAGAGACCCAGUGGCACAAUUUUUUUUCUAUUCUUCGACUAAUAUUUUUAACAGUCGACUAUUUAUCGAUGCCAGUUUUCACUAAUCGUCGAUGCAACAUCGUCGAUUGUGCAGUCAGAGAACUGCAAUGUUUACACGCCUACCAAAUUGUGAUUUUGAUCUAUAUAGCGUUAAACAAAUUUUUUGAGUAGUAAUAUGUAGAUUUAUUUGUAAAUUUAAUUUACAAGUCUAUAUAUUAUUACUUCGAAAAACUUCUUUAACGCUACAUAGAUUUAUUUUGUGGUAAAGAGAGAAGGAGGGGGGAAGAACGAAGGAAUGUAAGGAUUAUGUAAUCCAGUUUAUGCUUGACCCCAAUGUCGAUAAAUUGACUAAUAUUGGGACCUGAAUAGUGCCUUCUAUUAACCGAAGCGUCAAGUGGAUGAUGGGGCAUAGUUAUAUUUUGAGAUUAUACCUUAAAGUGGAUUAAGCUUCUCUGAAAACUGUCUUCCACUUGUCGGCUUCCAUUAUAAUUAUAUUCAUAAUUGUGUUCAACAAUGGAUUAAAAAUAUAUUUUCUAUAUAUAAUAUAAGCAAAGGCUUUUCGCAGAUUUUCGCGUUGCAAGAUUGCUAUUGAUAAGUUAUUAAUGUUGGUUGUUAGACGCAGCUCUUUUUACAAGCACCGAUUAUUAGAUUAUUAGACGAUAUCGCUAAUCUACAAUUUUGUUAUACGCAAACUUUUUUCCUAGGACUUUGUAUAAUAGCUCAUAAGCUCAUAAAACGCCCAUAAGCUCUCUCGACUGAUCACGAAGCAAGGAUAUACGCGUUUCUACAUAGUCUGAAAUUAUAACAUAUAUCUCUUCCCCAGAAGGCUUCUAUAUAAAAAAUAAUAAAAGUAAAAGUGCGUUAAUCUUAGAAUAACGACAAUACCAUGGAUAACAAUAUGUAUGAAUAAUUAUUACAUAAACUGUUCAUGCAUUAUGUAUGCAUAUAUUACAUUUAUCUUGCUCGGCGUAUAGUAAUGAGAAAUAAAAUCUCGUUAUAAAGAUUUUAUUUACUCACCGCAAUGUAUUCGCCGAGGGAUUUAAUUUUAAAUCUCGAUUGUUGCGUUUGACGUGUUACUCGCUAGCGCUUGCAUCAUAUCAUAAAUUUUCAAGUUGCGAAGACAAUAUGUACUGUUGCUGUAAUGCGCGUUGCUCCAAGCGACACAGAUUUACACGUUGCAAACACCUUCACAUCACAGAAGUAAAUAUAACGGCUUUAUGUUAGCUGUGAUUAAUUACGCGCUGCGUGUUGUAUGCUACUUUUAGCAAAUUUUUUUGUACCGCUUUAUACAUCUAUUUCAUGCUAAUAAAAAUGCUGAUUUAAUAUAA